GUGUAGUUAUAGUAUUCAUGUUGUUUAUACAAAAAACAUUAGGCUACUGGGAUCUCGGCACCACAACAGAACAGCCUCCAUAUUACGAGGAUACUCCGCGACAAAGUUUUUUCAGAUGGCAAAAGACUGAAUUUGAUUCUUUACAAUUUUGGUAUCCUUAUUUUGAUUGGGAGGGACUUCGAUACAGAAGAUUACUCAAUUGUGUAGCAGGCAUAUCUAUCGAUUUUUUACCUCUCAGCACCGCACUUAUUUUGAAUAGAAGGAUAUUAAUCUCAUCUGCAAAUUGGGUAGAGCCUUAUCUUAACCGGCAAAGAGAUUUACGUAUUUGGGCGUUGGGCCGUGCUGGCGAACAUAUAACUCCUUACAGAUACCGAGUUUGGCGAGUUCAAAGACUCUUCCCACGAAGUCUAAAUCCAGAACAUAUGCACGGACCACGAGGCCAUCACGUUCCUAGACACGACAUUACUAUAAUACAUAGUUUGGAUCAAUUAUACAUUUUUAGGACUAUGCCAACUAGAUAUCAUUACGCCUACAGAGCGUUUCUGUGUGAUAAACAUUGGAAGCUUGCUGGCGGAGUGUGGUUCGCCGGCUCAGGCUUCGAGGACCUUGAGCACAUUUAUGAGAACUACAAAAUAUUCUACAGCACAUCCCAAAAAACCGACAUAGUUGAUUGUUCCAUUUAUCUUCCAAAAUGGUGGGGUAAAUUUAUCUGCCUAAAGAAUAUUCACGGUCAUUCGGGAGUGCAGAAUGGCGGCGGAUUCUUCUCAUCAACAUAUUUAGUGGGCCUCGGAUGCUUUGAAAUAAGAUAUAAUGAGGACAGAAUAUUAGUUUUUACAGACUUAAGGUAUUAUAUGGACCAUAUUUAUCACUCAGCUUAUAUAGAGCCCGGAGAGUAUUAUGAAUAUGCAUAUCCUCAAUGGGGUAUAACACUUGGAUAUUUUUCGGAUGGCGGCGGCAAUACUCCAUACAUUCCUAGCUGGCAGAUCAUGGAUGAUCUUUAUCCAUAUGGAAAAAAGUAAUAGCGUUCGUAUUGGUUUUACAAGUGGAGAAGUUUUUAUGGUGUUAAACAAUAUUAAGAGAUUUGUGACCUAAGGGACAGGUAUAGAAUAUAAAAAAAAGUUUAGAAAAGAAUUUAAAAAAAAUCCAAUUGGCAAUAAUCGACCAGAAAUAUAAUGGCAAACAAUAAAGGAAGGAAGCAGCUCUAACCUGAAAACCUCU